CAUCCUCCUACAGCAGUACUUGUACUCACACGCAAGCGCGCGCACGCGCCACCGCCGGAGUAGUGGAGCCAAUAUCCGACAACUGGAGCACCGAACAGCGUCCCCAGCCACCUUCAGGGAGAAGGAAGGUUUUGGAGGUUUUGACUGAAGCAGCAAGAGAUGGAAACCCUUAUUUUCGAUCUCGACGGCACGCUCUAUCCCUUGGACAACGGGUACCACACCCAUGUGCGGCAAAAUAUGUGGCGGUUCAUGAGCGACAAGCUGGGGAUAGAGGACCCGGAGAAGGUGUGGAGGCCGCUUUUUCAGAAGUACAACCAAUCGGCAAAGGGAUUACGGGUAGGAGGCGGCUACGAGUUCGACCUGGAGGACUUCUGGACUAGCGUCAGGGCCGGCGCCGCGGACUUCAUCAAGGAGGCACCGCCGGGGGUAAAAUCGGCGCUCGAGAAGCUGCCCCAGAAGGACAAGUACGUGUUCACCAACUGCAACGAAGUCGAGGCUGAGGAGGCCUUGGCGCUACUGGGGAUCCGGCAUCACUUCAAAGGCGUCAUCGGAGCCAAGGCCAUGGGGGAGACGUGCAAGCCCGACAAGGCGGCUUUCGAAGGAGUCCUCCAGUCGGUGGGAGCGGACCCUAUCAAGACAGUGAUGUUCGAGGACUCCUUCAAGAACCUCAUGACGGCCAAGUCGCUGGGGAUGUCCACCGUCUUCGUACAGUCGGACACUGCGAGAGAAGAGGGGGUCGGCUCGGCCGAGCUGGACACCGUCGACGCAGUGGUCUGCGACGUGUCAGAGGAAGAGUUGAGAGUCAAGGCUCCAUGGCUGUGGGGAGGGGACCGCUGACGAGGUUCCCCUAUGUCUGCCAUGUGCGCCGGCCGCACACGGGCACUGAAACGCCGUGCUGGACGAGAGGACACACCGCCUCUUACGGCGCAACGAAAGGGAUGUUUUCCCUCACAGUAGAUACAAUUUUGUCUACGCUGCAUACGACACUGACGACGUCGUUUGUGAUUCAGUGUUGUACGCCUCCUUGGUAAUAUCAAUGUUCUUGUUUCUCAUAUUUUCGUUGUUUUGGGGUGGUGCUCGUUGCGGUCGAUGUGCGCACCUUACGCGCAACGUUCGAAGGUCACAUCAUGGUGUGCCCACCACGUGACCACUACAACGGGGUUAAUGGGUCCAUCAAUGGCCGGAUGUAUCCAAGUACACACGAUUCUCUGCGUAAGAGUUUUUCUCUCGAUCUUCUUUUCCGACAAGUGAUAAACGUCGUAGGCUUUCGUUUCGGCCUCGUCGUUGCACGUUGUCUCCAUUUACCCUUUUCUGUUUGUUACUGCUCAGUCUUGCCUCUGCGGCUGGGAGAGCUCCGGUCUUGGAUCACGCAGGACCAACAAGCCUCUCCAACGUACAUGAACGAAGUCUGCGUGAAGUGUUUUUUUCCGCGAGAGGAUCUCUAGGCAGUGGCUACGUGCCUCGGUGCGUACGAUAUCACACCCCAUGAAAUGCUUUUCAAAACUCAAUUGCUCGGCAGAAAAAGCAGCGACUGCGCCGUGAGGCAGCCUCGGAACCGUCUU